UACCUAUUCUUACCCAUGCUGCAUCUUAGCUCCUCCCUGGAACUUCCUGGAACUUUCUCCAACUGCCUCCCCAACGGCCAACUGCUGCCUCCUCUCCUGGCACUCCAGGAACCUCCCUUAAAACUCCCAUACUCUCAACACUGGCAGACCCUGAUUGCCUUAAGGGCCCAAACUGUGGGGCACCCUGGAGGGAACUUGCUCCCCACCUUGUCCAGCCCAGAAAACUGCCAAGAUUUCUCACCUUCCUGCAGCCACCACCCAACAGCUCCCACAGUGCUCUGGGUGUCCACGGACUGGACAAUGAGGCUGGCCGUGGCAGCCCUGUUUCUCGGUCUCACGAUGGUGGUCUCCAGAGAUGUGGAGGAAGGCGACUUGUGCUUGUACGAGCCCCUGUCUGACGCCGAUGCUGUCCUCUGCAAGGGCCUUGAAGUUUUCUACCCAGAGCUGGGGAACAUCGGCUGCAUGAUUAUUCCCGACUGCAACAACUACAGACUAAAGAUCACCCACUGGGCUGAGCCCAUAGUCAAGUUCCCUAGGGCCUUGGAGGACGCAAACUACAUCUUGGUGAUGGUAGAUCCAGAUGCCCCGAGCAGGUCUUCGCCCAAAGCUCAGUUCUGGAGACACUGGCUGGUAACCGAUAUAAAGGGCGUUGAUAUAAAGAAAGGGAAGGUCCAGGGCCAGGAGUUGUCACCCUACCAGCCUCCGUCCCCACCAGCACAAAGUGGCUUUCACCGCUACCAGUUCUUCGUCUAUCUUCAGGAGAGACAGAACAUCUCUCUCCAUUCCAAAGAAAACAAAACUCGAGGCUCUUGGAAAAUGGACAAAUUCCUGAACCGCUUCCACCUGAGCGAACCUGAAGCAAGCACCCAAUUCAUGACCCAAAAUUACCAGGACUCGCCCAAUUACCAGGCCCCCGGAGCCGGAAGCAGUGAGCUAAAGGACAAACCCACGUAGAGAUAACUGCCUGCCAGACAUCAGGCUUCACGCCGCAGGUGUGUGUGCCCACCAGCAACGGUCUGGGUACAGCACCCCCGCUGGGUAUGGAACCCCUGCUGGGUACGGAACCCCUUCUCUUCCAAAUU